AGUCUCACCCAAAAAAAAAGCCGAGACUAAACUCGGAAAUUAGAAAAUCGCUUCAACUCGAGCGAGCGAAAGGGUUUAAGAGAGAUGCAGAGAAUCUCCAUUUCCAUCUCCACAAUCAGAAGAUUCUCCGCCACCUCUCUCUCCUCGUCUUCCGCUUCAAACCACUUUACCCUCGCCGAUCAUCACCGGUUGUUGAAACAAGUUGUUGAAUCAUGCAAAUCUCCAUCACAUUCCAAAUGCGUUCUCCAAGCACAUGCUCACAUCUUCAAACUCGGCUACGGAACAUACCCAACUCUUGUCGCCUCCAUCCUUACAGCUUACAGACGCUGCAACCUCUCACACAUCGCUCGCCGCCUUCUCAUUUACUUCCUCUCAUCCUCUCCUAGCGUCUCUAACACAAACCUAAUCAUCGAGAGUCUUAUGAUAAACGGUGAGUGCGGUUUGGCUAAGAAGGUUCUUCGUAAAGCGAGUGAUAAUAAUCAUAAUGUCAUCACUUGGAACUUGAUGAUCGGUGGUUACGUCAGGAAUGUUCAAUACGAAGAAGCUUUGAAAACUCUUAAGGAUAUGCUUUGUUUCUCCGAUAUUAAACCGAAUAAGUUCAGUUUCGCUUCCGCUUUAUCGGCUUGCGCUCGUCUUGGAGACUUGCAUCAUGCUAAGUGGGUGCAUUCGUUGAUGAGUGAGAGUGGGGUUGAGCUUAAUCCGAUACUGUGUACUGCACUUGUCGACGUGUACGCGAAGUGCGGAGAUAUUGAAGCGUCCAGAGAGGUUUUCUAUGGAGUUAGAAGAGACGAUGUGUCUGUUUGGAACGCUAUGAUCACAGGUUUCGCGGCUCAUGGACUUGCCACAGAAGCGAUCAGAGUGUUUUCAGAGAUGGAACAUGUUUCGCCGGAUUCAAUAACGUUUCUUGGGGUGUUAACAGCGUGUAGCCAUUGCGGUUUGCUUGAAGAAGGGAAAGCGUACUUUGAUCUGAUGAGUCAGAGGUAUUCAAUAGAGCGGAAGGUUGAGCACUACGGAGCCAUGGUUGACCUGCUAGGACGAGCAGGGAAGGUAAAAGAGGCUUAUGAGUUGAUAGAAUCAAUGCCUGUCGAGCCGGAUUUGGUGAUAUGGAGGUCUCUUCUUAGCUCCUCUAGAACUCACAAGAACCCCGAGGUGGCGGAAACCGCGAUGCGGAAUCUUUCAAAGGCGAGGAGUGGAGACUAUGUGUUGCUCUCCAACAUGUACAGCUCCACGAAGAAAUGGGAGAGCGCAGAGAAGGUGAGAGAGCUGAUGAAGCAAAAAGGAAUCCGUAAAGCGAAAGGAAAGAGUUGGGUGGAGUUGAGAGGAGUGAUACAUCGGUUUAAAGCAGGAGAUACAUCUCAUACGGAGACAGAGGCUAUAUACAAACUGCUGGAAGAGCUGAUGCAGAGAACAAAGUCUCGAGGCUUUGUGCCUGAUACUGAUUUGGUGUUGAUGGAUGUUUCUGAAGAGGAGAAAGAGGAGAACUUGAACUACCAUAGCGAGAAGCUUGCGUUGGCGUAUGGUAUCUUGAAGAGUAGUCCAGGAUCGGAAGUUAGGGUUCAGAAGAAUAUAAGGAUGUGUAGUGAUUGCCACAACUGGAUCAAAUCAGUGUCCAAGUUGUUGAAUAGAGUGAUUAUAAUCAGGGAUCGGAUACGGUUUCAUAGGUUUGAAGAUGGGUUGUGUUCUUGCAAUGAUUAUUGGUAAGACAGGAGAAACCGUCCCUGAGCCUGAUGUUAAACUUCUGGUCCAGUGAGUGUUCGAAGAAUGAAGCUGAGCUUCUAUAGAUUCUUGUCUGUUUCUACAAUCUGAAACAUUUACUUUUAAGCUUCGUUUUGGUUUUACGGUAUCCCUACAUAUUAAUCCUCGAACAUUGCAACAUUGUUGGUAGCCACGUGUCAUAUGAGAAUUAUUCUGAAGAUUGUUAGAAAAAUAAGUUUGUCCAUCUACACAUAUAUUAUAGUUUUUACUUUUUAUUAAAUAA